CGGUCUCCUUCUCUUUUGUGAUGGUACAUCCACUUCCGAUAUCCAGGUUGUUUCCGCCUUCGUCUACACUCAAUUACUUCUCCCCACUUUGCUCUCUCUGAAUUUCUCUCUGAUUCUUACUAUUUCCCUUCCAACUUCCAUUGAUUCUUUGAAAUUCUUGAGGUUUUCUUGUUUUCUUGAUGGACAAAGUGAACGGGCCAAGAAAUGGCGAUCCUUCCAGUCCGGUGGUGGACGGACCUACCAACCCUAUGGUUACUCCUUUGCUCACCGAUCUUUAUCAGUUCACUAUGGCUUAUGCUUAUUGGAAAGCCGGCAAGCAUGACGAGCGAGCUGUGUUUGAUUUAUAUUUUCGGAGGAAUCCUUUUGGUGGUGAAUAUACAAUUUUUGCUGGUUUAGAAGAGUGCAUAAGACUUAUUGCUAAUUUCAAAUUCACAGAGGAAGAAAUCUCAUUUGUCAAGCAGGCUUUACCUUCAUCCUGUGAGGAAGCGUUCUACAAUUAUCUUAGAGGAAUCGACUGUUCUGACGUUGAGGUCUAUGCUAUUUCAGAGGGAUCAGUUGUUUUCCCGAAGGUGCCCUUAGUGAGGGUUGAAGGGCCAGUUGCUGUAGUUCAAUUACUUGAAACACCAUUUGUAAAUCUUAUUAAUUAUGCAUCGUUAGUUACUACAAAUGCCGCAAGGCACCGUUUUGUUGCUGGAAAGUCUAAAGUUCUUCUCGAGUUUGGACUUCGGCGAGCUCAGGGACCUGACGGUGGAAUUAGCGCCUCAAAGUACUGCUAUAUGGGAGGAUUCGAUGCAACAAGCAAUGUUGCAGCUGGGAUGUUAUUUGGCAUACCACUUCGUGGAACACAUUCCCAUGCAUUUGUCAGCUCAUUUAUGAGCCAAGAUGAGAUCAUAAAUAAGUCACUUUGUAGCAGUGAUGGCUUACGCACAUGUGAAGAUUUUCCAAGUGCAGUUCAAACGUGGUUAAACAAGAUUCAGUGGUUGCCUUCAUUCCAUGGCACUUUUGGUGAGACCAACCAAAGUGAGUUGGCUGCAUUCACGUCUUAUGCUUUGGCAUUUCCAACUGACUUCCUUGCUCUUGUGGAUACUUAUGAUGUUAUGCGGAGUGGAAUCCCUAACUUCUGUGCGGUUGCGCUGGCACUUAAUGAUUUGGGGUACCGAGCUAAAGGGAUUAGGUUGGACUCUGGUGAUCUAGCAUAUUUGUCAUGUGAGACACGGAAAUUUUUUAUGGCUAUUGAAAAGGAGUUUGGAGUACCUGGAUUUGGAAAAAUAAAUAUUUCUGCCAGUAAUGACCUCAAUGAGGAAACUUUAGAUGCAUUAAACAAGCAGGGUCAUGAGGUUGAUGCAUUUGGAAUUGGAACCUAUUUGGUUACAUGUUACGCUCAGGCUGCUUUAGGAUGUGUCUUCAAGCUAGUUGAAAUAAAUAACCAGCCCCGCAUUAAACUUUCUGAAGACGUUUCAAAGGUCUCAAUUCCAUGCAAAAAGCGUAGUUUUAGAUUAUACGGGAAGGAAGGCUAUCCUCUGGUAGACAUAAUGUCAGGCGAGAAUGAGCCGGCACCUAAGGUGGGUGAAAGAAUUCUAUGUCGUCAUCCAUUUAACGAAUCGAAAAGAGCAUACGUGGUGCCACAGCAAGUAGAGGAGCUCCUCAAGUGCUACUGGGCUGGAAAAUCAGGUAAAGCAGUGGAAUGUCUACCAGCUCUGAAGGACAUAAGAGAUCGUUGCAUUAAACAACUUGAGAAAAUGCGUCCCGAUCACAUGAGAAGACUUAAUCCGACGCCAUACAAAGUUAGCGUGAGUGCAAAGCUAUAUGAUUUCAUUCAUUUCUUGUGGCUAAAUGAGGCACCUGUUGGGGAAUUGCAAUGAACCCAUAAUUGACAGCAUCAGCCCAAAGUAAGAUUCGUUGUUCCUAUAACACAGAUAAAAACAGCCUCCUGCUUGUUUUUUAGUUUUUUAUUCUCAAUAAAACAUCACAGUGGCUUGCGUUUAUUAGUUGUACUGAACUUUUCUCUUUCACUCUCAAUAGUUUAGAUAUGAACAAUAAUUGAGUUUGAAUUUGCUUCACUUUGGUCA